AAGCACGCGCGCGCGCUCCACCAUCACACGCGCCUCGCCGCGCCCGGUGCCGGACGCGCGCGGUGGAUCGGAGGAAGGAGGGAGGGAGAGCCGGAGAGGGCGACCGGCAGAUGGAGGCGCUCGCGGUCGCGGGCGGCGCCAGGCGGCGGCUGUCCGCGCGGGAGGAGGAGCUGCUGGGCCUCCUCGCAGGCUUCCCCGACGGCGCCGGCGAGUGCGGCUCCGACCGCGAGCUCUCCUUCUCCGACCUCGUCGAGGCCGGCUUCAGGCCCACCGCUGAAGCAGAGGCUGCUGUCGCGGACCACGCACCGGCGCCGGUGCUGUCGCUGUCGUCGCCCGGGCGGCACGAGCCGGCGGCGGCCAAGCAGCAGCGGCAGCCGGCGGCGAGGCAGAGGGCGCGGCGGGGCAGCAGAGGCAGCUGCGGGGGAAGCGGGGACGGCGUGCUGCUCAACUUCUACGUGCCGGGCCUGCUCACCCGGAGCACGACCGCGCCACGGCCCGGCCGCGGGCCUCUGUCUCCAGGCGCCGGGCAGGGCGCGCCGCCGAAAGCUGCUGCCGCCGCCGCCGCCGGAAAGGCGAGCAGGGCACGAGGGCCGCCUCUGGGCAUCGGGUGCUGGCCGGCGCUGUGGGGCCGCGACCGUCGCCGGCCGGCGUCGGCCAACGCCUGCGGCUGAAGGCCUGAAGGUGGGAGACGGCGAUCAUCAGGCGAGAUGCACAUGCCGGACUACCAGCAGUCAUGCGACCUUUUCUUUUUCUCUCUCUCUCAGCUAACCUGAGACUCUGCUCCUUGCACCUGUAAACAAUCCCGACCUCCCUUUUUCUGGCGUGACACAGGCGAUCUUCAUCUGCGAAUCUGACGCCUGAGCUCUUGCUUUGUACAGUAGAUCUUUGCUUCAGAUCUUUUUGCACGUCAUUUCAAAAAAAAAAGAUCUUUUUGCAA